AUGGAUACAAACGACGACAGCUUAGCAGAAAGGCGAGGCCAGCAUUGGUGGGACUUGCGUAGGAAGUUGCAACAGGUAAUGCUCAACCCAGCCUCAGGAGCGAAUUUUUUAUAUGUUCAAGACCGCGUGGUUGAGGACUUCUUGGAUCAUUUAGAGGCUGUCAAAGAUAAAGAUGGCUACGUAGAAAAUAUUCAAACGGAGUUAUUUUCCCUCUCAUUAGAAGUUUUAGGGGAGAUAUGUUAUGGCACCAGACUUAACAGUUUCCAAAAUGGCAUCCCAGAAGUAAGAUCUGCACUGAAGACAACGUUUGAUUGCCUUAACGAGUCGCUGAGAGGCAUACCAACUUUUCUUCUCUUUCGAACCCCAAUGUACCAACGCUUUGAGGAUGCGACCAAAACACUGCAAACGUUCUAUACUCAGAAUUUCGAAUCUUGUCUCCAGCGCUCAAAAGAAUCCUCAGAGUUCAAGAACAUCAUCCCCAAUCUCUUGCUGAAUCACAAAAAUAUUUCCUUGAAGGAGUUAUGUUCUACAAUUUCGUCCUUAUUCACUGCAGGGACUGAGUCGACGACUAACACAUUGUCGUUUGCUUUGUAUCACUUGGCAUCACAUCCGGAAAAACAAGAAAAGCUUUGGCAUGAAAUCAACCGAUUUGUUCCCGAGUUUCCUACGGCCAAACAGUCUGAACUAGUUAAACCACCAUAUCUCACAGCCUGCGUGAAAGAAUCUUUUAGGAUGGUUUAUCCUACACUUGCCGGUCCACAUCGAAUUCUGGAUCGAGAUAUAAACAUUAGUGGUUACUGCAUUCCUAAAGGGGUUCAUGUCGUCUGCCAAAAUGCCCUAAUGUGCCGCAUGGAGGAAUAUUUUGAGAACGCAGACGAUUAUGUUCCAGAACGAUGGCUUAGACGCCAUAACCCACCCUCUGCGAAGUUCUCCCAUGGCGAGACAGUUGACAUGCGACCGUUCGUUGUUCUUCCUUUUGGGCACGGGCUUCGUAGUUGUAUUGGCAGAAGAUUUGCAGAACAGCAGAUCUAUUUGGUGAUUGCUAAGAUGUUACAACGCUACAAAUUGGUUUAUGAUGGGGAAGAGAUUUUGGUGAAGGAGAAGAUCUUUACUGCCCCAGAUCGUCCAAUUAGGCUGAAACUUGUCCCCAGAUGACAAUUUUAAUAGUUAAAUGUUAAAACACGAUAAAUUUAAACGGAACUUUUUAAAAACAGCCUUUUGAUUAUUCGUCAAUUAAAUCGUUUUUGAUUAAACAUCCAUUGUACCUUAAAUGUCCUUGCAAUCUACGUUUAAACUAGUUGAUUUCUGGGACUUAAUCCAUGCCAUCAAUUAAAAUGUUUAUUUUAAAAAAGAUUUUCUAAUUCUUGUUAGUGGAACUUUAACAAAGCAGCAAAGCUGCCAAAUGGAUAGACAGUUA